AUGAGUGCUUUAGAAUUACUUCCCCUGGAAAUUUGGGAAAAAGUUAUUUCCCGAAUAAACGAUCCCAAGAAAUUAGUGAAACUUCGUCAAGUUUGUAGUGUUUUUAAUCAAUUAAUUGAAAUCGAAAUGAAAAAAAAUAAAGAAUGGAAAGGAUUGCUUCCAAAUGAUAUGCAAAUGUGGAUAAAUAAUAUUUUAGCUAAAAAAUAUCCAUUUAAAAAACCUUCUAAUCUUAAAUUGAUACCAAAUUUAUGGAAGGAGGUAUUUUUUUCGUAUAAAAAUUGGAGACUUUUCGGAGACAAAUCUCGAAAAAUACAUUCUUUUCGAUUGAAUGUAAGUCAGUUUUCACAAAAUGAAAAUAUUACAUGCUUGACGACAUUUGCGCAUUUAAUCGCCGUUGGAACAAAUCUGGGCUCGAUAUUUUUUUACAAAAUUGGAAAAUCAAAAAAUUUCUUCUGGGCAGCAAAACACGGAAGUAGUCUGACCAAGGUCCAGUUUUGGUAUCAAGGCAAAAACAAUUUAUUGGCUCUUUCGAUAUCAAGGGACAGAGCUUUAAAAUUUUGGAACGUGAGCCAAAGAAAGUCAAUUGUAACUCCGCACUACAACGCAACAAAUAUCCAUGUCGGGAUUACUCAUCGACUGUUUAUCGAAUUCUUUCGCGGAAUCACCGAGUGCAAGUACAAAUCUAAUCGUGUUGUUCUCAGAGCACAUUGCGCAGUCUUCCAAGAUGACAAUGGUCCUAGGAAUAAUUUUCUCACAAUGUACAGUGAAAAAAAGAAGUUGAUAGUUAUGACAACCUAUGACAUAAUACUUCGAGUAAUUACUCUUGGAGUUCCGGGUCCGCGAGGUACUGAAUUAACAAAAAUUAGUAACAUACCUUACCGACUUAUGCCUCGAAGACCGCCUGUUGAUUUAGCUCUUAUACCUAAUAAAAAAUUAAGACUAUUUAAAAAUGGUAAAUUUUUCACGAUUAUACUCCAAGAUUGGCCAAACUUUCCUGUCUAUGAUUAUGAAUUGUAUCGUUAUGAUGAGGAUAUUUUUGUGACGUCGAUUGCCAUGCAUGAGCCGUUUGUGAUGGAACAAGCUCACGAUUAUAACGCUGGAGAAUAG